CAGCAGUACUGCGGUAUGGUUUCGUUAAUGUCGGUAGAGCACCGGUAGCGACCCGUAAUGGAUCGGUGGCUCUCCGGCGGCCUCAGUGUUUACCGUACUGGUACCGAUGUCAUACCGUAGUACUACCGAAUACCACCGAAGUAGUACCGAUGCGCCGCCGAUGUGACACCGGAGCUCCACCGUCACACCAUUAGUGCACCGGCAGCGCAACGAUAUCACUCCGUUAUAGCUCGGGUCAACGGUGGUACAUCGACAUAACAUCUACGGCGCAUCGGUAACACUAAGGUGACGGAAAAGUGGUAUUCGGUAGCACAUCGGCUCUUACAUCGGUAGCACAACGGUAUCACAACGGGGACGCCGGUACUACAUCGGUAUUGCUACGGUAAAUUCUGAUUUUUCAAGUGUUUUCUCACCGGAGCUCCGCCGAAAUUCUCGCCGUUGUUAAUUUUCUUUCUCCGGUUUAGUCCCGGCGAAGUACAUCAGUAGUGUGUGGCAGGCCCAGAACAGUUCAUGCACUGCACUUGUUACAGUCCUAACGACCUUUGCCUCCCAUGACACACACACAUAACGUGCAUUGUCUCAUAUGUAUAUUAACCCAUCAGUGCGUAUAUAUCUCACAUGACUUAUAUAUAGUUGAACAAUGCUUACAGAAUCUACAGAGCUUUAAAUGAAACACACCCACACAUGUAUAGCUACUUACAGUUACGUAGAUAAGUCGUUGUUGGAGGAACUUGGUAAAACGGGCCGCGAUAAUCAACAGUGGAUAUACAGUGGAUAUGGCGAGCAUUAAUUUCAUGCUGAUAACAGUUGCUGUUUUGGGCAACAUUUUUGAAGGUAGGAGUCUAAAUAUUUACAGUGGGAAACAGUUUAUUGUUGCAUUGCUUCCUGCGUUCAAUAACCAAAAGACCACCGGAUAUCUCCUCAUCGGACAUACACAGGAAGGGCUGUGCACUGUGACAGACAGUGAUGGGACGGAGCAUGAUGUCAGGCUUCAAGGAGAUAACCGCGUAACGCAGUUUGAUAUCCCUUUAGCAAGAGUACUGAACUUCGGAAGUUACAUCGAGAAACGAGCAAUAUACCUAGACUGCAACGUGGAAGUUAUUUUGAGAGUUUUCUUUCGAAGACAAAUGGAAGGAACUGCUGAUGCUUAUACAGCCCUCCCUCUCCAGUCUCUUUCCACCAAAUACAUCAUACCAUCAGUACCACAGAAUGCCAUACUGGGGGUUGUUGCUGCCACAGACAAUAUCACCAUACAUAUUGACAUGAUGUCCAAUUGCUCGUACUCUUUUAAGGGCAAUACGUAUAGUCGAGGAAUGCGGCUGACUACAAUCCUGCAGAAGAGGCAUGUCCUUCAGAUUGCCUCUUCAUCAUCGACUGAGUAUCACAACUGCGACAUGGGAGGGACGACAGUCGAGGGUAGUAGUCCUGUAGCAGUGUUUUCUGGAUCUCCUGCAUUGGAUUAUCCUCUGAAUCACGGAGAUGCCGUUCAAAAUCAGAUUCCUGGGGUUAGUGGUUGGGGAACUAGUUUCAUUGUAUCCCCAGUGCCAAUAAUGGAUAAAUAUAAAAUUCGGAUUGUGGCAAUGAACAAUGCCACCCACAUCACUACCGAAACGCCCACUGCUGAUACAUCAAUUAUUCUGAAUGAAGCAGAGUUCAGGGAUGAAGAUUUCAAUAAUUCUGAGAUAACUUAUGUCAAGAGUUCUCAGCCUAUUCUGGUACAACUGACGUCAGGAAACCAUGUUGGGUUCCAAGCCUUCUCCGCCAUAGUUCCAUCUGUUGACGAUUAUGGCACUGUGUAUCUCGUACCAGACAUUGAAAUCAGUCAGGUAAAUUACACGCGUCAUAUCACCCUCAUCACAAACCCCAACUGUACAUCAGACAUUGAUGUCAACACAACAUGGACAACUUCAUCAACAGCUUCCCACACCGCCUCCAUCUCCAGCUUCCGGGCACCGUCUGCAAUGACAGUCAUUAGAAGCAAAUCGUCCGUGUGUCAAUUUGCGGUGUUGGUAACUGGUCUUGGAAACAUUGAAAUGUAUGGAUAUUUCGACAGGCCAAUGAUACAUGAUUCCCUUACUUCCGUGACCUUUCUAAAUGCCACAAGGAACCGACUACCCGCAACAGAUGACGAUGCCCUCACACUGCUCUGUGCAACCAACCCCAUGAGAGGACAGCCGGAGAUCAUCUGGACGAAAGACAACCAAACUGUUACAGAUGACGUUGCGUCUGAGUCAAAGGAUGUUCGUGGAGAAACGGUGCCCACGAGCGUCUUCACAUUGACUGUCUCCUGCAGCGACCAUCUGUCAGAAAUCUCAUGCAAAGCUAUUUACAAAGACGUCCAAAUAUCAUCAACAGGACUAACGAUGUUUGUCCAUUGUACAAAGGGCGUUGUAGGUGAUGGGUUUGAAGAAGGGCUAGGAGUCGGAAUCGGAGUCGGCGUUGGAUCUAUUGCUGUAGUGUUGCUGUUGGCAGUUGCUGUUGCUGUAUUCUUUUUCUGGAAGAGAGGAUUCCGUGAGAAAGAGGGUAUAUGACCAGUCGCUCCCACCGGCACAUAGCAACCGUGGAUACGACAGCAUGGACCCGAACAUUAGCGUGGUGUUCAACCCUCACAUAUACGACAGACUUCCACUGUAGCGAUUGGUCCAGCACUCUCCAUAGUGAUCAUAAUGCAACGUGCAAUUAGGUUACACCUUCGUUGAGCAUACACAGAAUGGAAUUGUCACAUUAUACGUUUUUACUGGUCGUGUAAACCUCCAUAGACAUCACCGUGUAGUCCUGUGAGGAGUUCGUGGCUUUCAGUUCAACUACCUGUUCGUUUGUAUACAGAGAGGAAUGGCACCUCAAAGAGUGAUUUGUUUGUUUGUUAGUUUGUUGUUUAACGCCGCACUCAGCAAUAUUCCAGCUUGUAAUACAGGCGGUCUGUAAAUAAUCGAGUCUGGACCAGACAAUCUAGUGACUGACAUCAAGAG